GGAGAGCCAGUGAAGAAAGGUUUCGGUGUUUACCGAGAUGGGAGAAUCGUGAGCGUGUUUAAACCUCUUCGGAUCCAGCUGAGAGAGUGAGGUGACUAUUCCUGGAGACGAAAGGGAUGAAUAACAGAGUAGAGCAAGUCACAUCCUGAGAAAGGGUCUCUUCAUCUUCCUGAUAUAUGGGGUGUACAACACAGAGGCUGCCUGCCGCACCUGGAUGACGGCCUUCCUUUUCCAGUAGCCUUCAGCCAGGCCUCCUCCGGGGUAUGAAAGUCGGCGGCGGGUUCCUGAGCGGCAGCGGCGGCUCCGGCGGCAGGCGGGCGGAGAUGGAGCCCACCUUCCCGCAGGGUCUGGUCAUGUUCAACCACCGGCUCCCCCCGGUCACCAGCUUCACCCGGCCGGCCGGCCCGGCCGCCCCUCCCCCGCAGUGCGUGCUCGCCGCCUCUACCUCCGCGGCCCCGGCGGCCGAGCCCCCCCCUGCGCCGGCCCCGGACAUGACUUUCAAGAAGGAGCCGGCGGCCUCCGGCGCGGCCUUCCCGGCGCAGAGGACCUCCUGGGGCUUCCUGCAGUCUCUGGUCAGCAUCAAGCAGGAGAAGCCGGCGGACCCCGACGAGCAGCCGUCGCACCACCAUCACCACCACCACUACGGGGGGCUGUUCGCGGGGGCCGAAGACAGAUGCCCGGGCCUGGGAGGAAGCGGGGAAGGGGGCAGCCACGGCGUCAUCCAGGACCUCAGCGUUCUCCACCAGCACGCCCAGCAGCAGCCCGCCCAGCACCACCUGGCCAGCGCCAGGACUGACGAGCGCCAUGACAACGGGGAGCCAAAGCAGGACACUAACUUAGUCAAAAAGGCGAAGAGGCCAAAGCCAGAAUCUCAGGGAAUCAAAGCCAAGAGGAAGCCAAGCGCAUCUUCCAAACCUCCUGUGGUUGGAGAUGGAGAAGGCGCCAUCCUCUCCCCAAGUCAGAAACCUCAUAUCUGCGAUCACUGUAGCGCUGCUUUCAGAAGCUCCUAUCACCUGCGGAGACACGUCCUCAUCCACACGGGAGAGAGACCUUUCCAGUGCAGCCAGUGCAGCAUGGGCUUCAUUCAGAAAUACCUCCUGCAGAGGCAUGAGAAGAUCCACAGCAGAGAGAAGCCAUUUGGGUGUGACCAGUGUAGCAUGAAGUUCAUUCAGAAGUACCACAUGGAGAGACACAAGAGGACACAUAGUGGAGAAAAGCCAUAUAAGUGCGACACUUGCCAACAGUAUUUUUCGAGGACUGAUAGACUGUUGAAGCACAGACGCACGUGUGGUGAAGCCAUAGCGAAGGGAGCCGCAAGCGCAGAACCUGGGUCGUCAAACCCUCACAGUAUGGGUCACCUGGCUGUGUUGUCUCAGGGAAACACCAGUUCUUCAAGGAGAAAAACCAAGUCCAAAAGCAUAGCUGUCGAAAAUAAGGAACAUAAGACUGCUAAGGCGACCGAAUCACCAAUUUCCAACAGCCUGAGCGUGCAGAGUUACUCCGUAGAGAUGCCUGCUAUGUCUUCCGGUGGAGGCAUAAUCGGCCCUGGUGUGGAUGAACUGCAGAAAAGGGUGCCAAAAUUGAUCUUUAAGAAAGGCAGCAGAAAGAGUACAGACAAAAACUACCUUAACUUUGUGUCACCAUUACCAGACAUAGUUGGACAGAAGCCUUUGUCUGGGAAACCAGGUGGCUCACUUGGCAUAGCAUCGAGUACUGGUGUGGAGACCAUUAGUCUUCUCCAGGGUACAGGUGGCAAGCAAGGCCAGAUGAAUAGUAAUUAUGAUGAUGCCAUGCAGUUUUCGAAGAAAAGAAGAUACUUACCAACUGCCAGCAGCAACAGUGCCUUCUCUAUAAACGUGGGACACAUGGUCUCCCAGCAGUCCGUCAUUCAGUCUGCAGGGGUCAGUGUUUUGGACAGUGAGGCCCCAUUGUCACUUAUCGACUCCUCAGCUCUAAAUACUGAAAUUAAGUCUUGUCAUGACAAGUCUGGAAUUCCGGAUGAGGUUUUGCAGAGUAUUUUGGAUCAGUAUUCCAACAAGUCAGAAAGCCAGAAGGAGGAUCCUUUCAACAUAACAGAACCACGAGUGGACUUACACGCCUCAGGAGAACACUCUGAGUUGGUUCAAGAAGAGAAUUUGAGCCCAGGCACCCAGACCCCUUCCAGUGAGAAGGCAAGCAUGUUGCAAGAAUACUCCAAGUACCUCCAGCAGGCUUUUGAAAAAUCCACGAAUGCGGGUUUUACGCUUGGACACGGUUUCCAGUUUGUCAGCUUGUCUUCGCCUCUCCACAACCACACUUUAUUUCCAGAAAAACAGAUAUACACUACGUCUCCUUUAGAGUGUGGUUUCGGCCAGUCUGUUACCUCAGUGUUGCCAUCUUCAUUGCCAAAGCCUCCUUUUGGGAUGUUGUUUGGAUCUCAACCAGGUCUCUACCUGUCUGCUUUGGAUGCCACCCAUCAGCAGUUGACACCGUCCCAGGAGUUGGAUGAUCUGAUAGAUUCUCAGAAGAAUCUGGAGACCUCUUCAGCCUUUCAGUCCUCAUCUCAGAAACUGACCAGCCAGAAGGAACAACAGAAAAACUUAGAGUCCUCAGCCAGCUUUCAGAUUCCAUCUCAGGAGUUAGCUAGCCAGAUAGAUCCUCAGAAAGACCCAGAGCCUAGAACGACGUACCAGAUUGAGAACUUUGCACAAGCAUUUGGUUCUCAGUUCAAGUCGGGCAGCAGGGUGCCAAUGACGUUUAUCAGUAACUCUAACGGAGAAGUGGACAAUAGAGUAAGGACUUCAGUGUCAGAUUUCUCAGGGUAUACAAACAUGAUGUCUGAUGUAAGUGAGCCAUGUAGUACGAGAGGAAAGACACCCACCAGCCAGAGUUACCGGUAAGGUCCCCAGAGUGACCGGGCUGGAGGUCUUCUAAUGUAAUUUUGUUUUAUUUUGAGAACACUGCCAUUGGAAUGUUUCUACACGAUCCUAUUAAGAAUAAUGUAAUGCCCUUUCAAUGCAACUUUUCAUAUUUAGUUUAUUUUGUUAGCGUGAUUUUAGCUCUGUUUGUAUUAUGAUUUUUAAUCAAAAUCAAUAGAUUAAAAAUAGUUUGCCAUUCAAAGUGACAAUGUUUAGCAAUCAAAUUUACAUGUAUAGAUCGUCAGGGAAUAGCCCAAAAGUUUUAACUGCAAAAAAAAAAACAAAAAACAGAAAACAAAACAAAAAAAACCUACAAAAAAACAAAACAAAAAAAAACACAAAAAAACUUUGUUGCUAGGACUAAGGUUAUUCUAAUUGCUUCACUCUCAGGAAAGUGUAAUAACGCGUGGGAAUUCUGUACGUAUCACUGUAAUGGAAUAUCCAAUUUACAGAUAGUAGGAUACACAUUUCAUCAUUUAAGUAAGGGAUCGAGAACAUUUCAAAUUGCUCUAUCUGGGCUGAGGUGAUACACAUUUCAUCAUUUAAGUGGGGGAUCGAAAACAUUUCAAAUAGCUGUCUCUAUCUGGGCUGAUCCAAAAUUCUGAGAUGUUGGCUACCUGUAUUUUUUUGCAGCUUUUAAAUGUACUCUGAACUUCCAAACCACAUUCAUUCCAGCCUGGUAGAACAAAUAUUCUUGGAUCUUUGAUCAAAGCCUGGAAUGAUAGCUUUAAUAAAAGAAGAAAAAAAAGCACCCUCUCCUUUUAUCCCCACUGUAAUAGGCUGUAAUCCCAUUAGGAGUCCGCUGACAUCUAGAAGAGUGUCGAAGCCCAAGUGGUUGGUUCCAGUAUUAGAACCCCAGUUGGAAUUACACCGUUCUUUGAAAUUUGGGGUCUGGUUAUUAUACAUGGCCUAAAGACAUUGCCCUCUUGUCUGUAUUCCUACCUGUCACCCACACUUCUGGGGUUCUCUUGUUACUAAUCUGUCUUUCUAAGAGUUCUGGACCUUCCUUGUUCCUUCUUUCUCUCUUGGCAGUUUUGAUUUUAGAAUGAUUUACAUUCUAUAGGUAAUUUUAUUGUGCAUUUUAUAUGCCUAUGGCAUCCAGAUACUAAACAAUAAAGUCAACAUCCCCACCCCCCCACCCCAGAUUUUCAUGUAUAGUAAAGCCCUACAGACUCGGAGCUAUCGAUACUAAUAAGGGUGUAAUUCCAACUGGUGCCACAGCUAAUGUGAGGGAGAAGAGGGUCUCGUUUAUUUAUGACAUCAGAGCCUCUGUGAAAUCGCAGCCUUGGAUGUCCAUUGAAAGGGUGCGUUAGUCAGUAUUGUACAGGGGUCUUGUAAAGUCGUCAGAACUUGCUAUCAAUGCUAAUUGCCAUUUGCAGCUGCUGCUAGUGGCUCUGCUCUAAACCACUUCUUAGCAAUUGUAUUUUUUUCCUGAUUAUAUUUUUUAAUGUACUUUGGUGUUUAUGCUGAUGAGUUUUUUAUGUACUUUUGGUGAUGUUUCAGUCUUAUGUACUCUUCUGACGUCAGAAAAGUACCACUGGUUGUUUGCAGUCUUAUUGUGUAAUCAGCCUACCACAGGCUUCCAUGUAUAAUAAAGUAAUUAAUAUUGUGCAAGUGUAAAACACUUAUGAAAGCAGUGUUUGGAAAAUAAGAAAUUAUUAAAAAUGGUUACAAAAUGCUAGUUAAUUUCCUCUCCCCACCUUCCUCCCUUAAGUGUUUAUCAGCUAAAGGGUCACCUAUUUGUUAUUGCAAAAUCCUUAGAAAAUGUGUUUAAUCCUCUUAAAUGCUUUCAAUUCUAAAAAGUUUGUAUUUCUUAUUUCGGAAAGUGCAGCUGAGUUCCGUUGAGUACAGAGUACAGCUGUAAUCAGAGGAUGGAGAGGGCCUUUACCACUGUUAUCUCUUAAGCUGUAUUUUUCUCCAGUGUUUUGUUUUAUACAGGUUUUGAAUUUCUUUAACUUUUAUUGUGUGUACUGAAUACUGCAUAUGUAUUAUUAUUCUGAUUGUUUGCCCUAGUUUACUACCAAUAAAAGACCUGUUAAUCACAAAAUUAAAGAAAGGAGCUAUCACUUAAUAUCCA